UCGGCGCGGGUUCCAGUCGCCGUUGCCGGGCGGAGGCGCGGGCCCGCGGCGGUUGCGUCCCGUCGCUAUGAGCGCGGCCGGGCUGGUGUCUGCCACGCCGCCGGCCCCCGCUCCGCCCGGGGCCCCCCCCACCGCCAUGCCCCCCGGUCCCGAGUACUACGAGGAGGAGGAGCUGGAGAGCGCCGAGGAAGAGGACGGCGAGCGGAGCGCUCGGGCCCGUGACUCCGAUGAGGACACUGAGGAUGCCAGUGAAACUGACCUGGCAAAACAUGAGGAAGAGGACUUUGUAGAAAUGAAAGAACAGAUGUACCAGGACAAACUUGCAUCUCUGAAGAGGCAAUUACAGCAAUUGCAGGAAGGUACUCUGCAGGAAUAUCAGAAAAGAAUGAAGAAGUUGGACCAGCAGUACAAGGAAAGGAUACGAAAUGCAGAAUUGUUCCUCCAGCUGGAAACAGAUCAGGUGGAAAAAAACUACGUCAAGGAAAAGAAGGCAGCAGUCAAGGAGUUUGAAGAUAAGAAAAUUGAGCUUAAGGAAAACUUGAUUGCAGAAUUGGAAGAGAAAAAGAAGAUGAUUGAGAAUGAAAAGCUGACCAUGGAAUUAACAGGAGAUUCGAUGGAAGUGAAGCCUAUUAUGACAAGGAAACUGAGGCGACGGCCAAACGAUCCAGUUCCUAUCCCAGACAAGAGGAGGAAACCUGCCCCUGCUCAGCUAAAUUAUUUGUUGACUGAUGAGCAAAUAAUGGAGGACCUGAGAACACUGAAUAAGCUUAAAUCACCCAAGAGACCAGCCUCUCCCUCCUCUCCCGAGCACCUCCCAGCUACACCAGCAGAGUCUCCAGCACAGCGGUUUGAAGCCCGAAUAGAAGAUGGAAAACUCUACUAUGAUAAGAGAUGGUACCACAAGAGCCAGGCCAUUUACCUGGAGUCUAAAGAGAACACUAAGAUCAGCUGCGUGAUCAGUUCUGUGGGCGCCAACGAGAUCUGGGUGAGGAAAACCAGUGACAGCACAAAGAUGAGGAUCUAUCUGGGACAGCUGCAGCGAGGUGUUUUUGUCAUUCGUCGACGAUCAGCUGCGUGACUGUAUGCUCUUCCUUGGUCUUUUUUUUUCUUUUUUUUUUUUUUUUUUUUUUUUUUAAACCGAUAGACAAACCUCUAAUGGGGAAUGACAGUCUGUUCACUCAUCUUAGCAGCAGAGAAUGCUGUCAUGACCUCUCACGAGACAGUUUGUGGCUGGCCACAUAAUCCCCAGUAGUCCUUAAAUCUUUAGUGAUACCCAAGCACUGCCCUGGACUAUUUCUGGAUUUUUGCAUCAAGCUUCUGUACGCUUCCUUUGUAUUUUGGGUGACUAUUUAAGAAGACUUUGCAUCAUACCUUUUUUUCAUCAUUGUUUGAUGGUGCAUAGAUGGGACUCGUAUGUUGAAAACAACGUAACGUUUGUGUUUUGAGUCAGACCAGUGGAAGAAGCUUUGCUUGUCAAGACCUGAGGUUAUUCUUUCUUUUGGGGUUUGUUUUCCUGCGAGGCUCGGGAUGUUGGGCAAAAGGAGAUUAAUCUUGCCAGCUUUCAGCUGCAGCCGAGAGAUGCGUCUGUAAUACCUGGUAUAUACAACAUCAGCUUUAGUGGAUGAACUGUUUGAAGACUUGAGUGCUGAGGCUUUUUUUUUUUUUUUUGGAAAGUGUGAACAGCUUAGAAACUGCUGAAAAUCCAGUUGAUUUUAAUGUAGUUAAGCAGUCACGCGUCGUUAAUCAGAAGCUUCCGUUUCUCUACACAUUAAAAAACCCUUCAAUGAGCAAGCAAA